AUGCCGUUAGAAGAUAUACCUCUGGAUGUAUGGUAUAUAAUUUUUAUUAUUGGAAACUUAACCAUAUCUGAUGGUUUAAGUUUAAGGGAAACAUCUAGUCAGAUUUUUUUGCAAUUAAGACAUAACUACAUGUGGCAUAAGCUUUUGCGAAAUAACUGGACAGAUUUAGGGGUCGCAUACAGUUGGAAGGAUAGCCUUGAAACUUGUCCGUUCAAACUCGAUGUCACUACAUCGUUUCAACAUGCUGUAUCUUUCAAUAGACAGGAAGUCAAAUUCGCUAAAGGAUUGAACAAUUGUUUAGCUGCCGGCAGAGACACGGUAUUAACACUCAUAGAUGAAUAUGGAGGGAAAAGAGAAACUGUCCCUAUUAUUGCCAAAUUAUUGGAACGGUCAACUUAUAACUUGAGGAAAAAUAUUGAUAAAGGAAUUCAAGUUGUCGAUAUCAUGGAGCCCUCGCUUCUCACUAAUUUAUUGAUAGGUGAAAAUUUCAGAAUAGGAUUGGAGACCUUGAAAGAAAUAUUAAUACAUAAAACGGAAAUUGAUAAUAUAAGUUCUUUUGAACGCUUUUGGUUUGGUGUGUCCUUUUUUGAUCAUUAUUUUCAUAGACUUAUCAAAAGUCGAAAAGAGAAAACUCGACAUAUAAGAAAAAUUUUGUAUGAAGAAAUCUAUGUUAAAGAGUUAAUUUAUAAGCUGACUCCUGGUAUCAAAUUUUCAAAUGAUGGUACAGCCCAAUCUAUCGUUUUUCGAGAUAAUACGUGCUUUUGUCGUUUCAUUACACGAGUUCUAAGAUUAAGCUGCUCAUGCUUUAAACUCCAAGAGAAGUUUUUCGAACAUAAGAAUUGCCAUAAAUAUUUCAAUUCUUACUUCUUAGAAGACUUUUACAUUUCUAGAAUAUAUGCUGGUGAAGCGAAGGGUCACCCAUUGGUUUUGAUGUCAAUUUUCGGAAAGAUUCUUGAUGAGUUCUUGUCAAGCUUUAAAAUAAGAAUUGGACCGGAACAGGAAGAGCAAAAGAUUUCACUCAAGAUCACCAAAUAUUUUUUACAAGUUGAUAAAUGGUACUUUCAUUUUCAGCCAAAGUUGGUUGACAAAUCAUUAUUUUAUGAGGUGCAAAGUUUUGGACUCAGAGAAGUAGUGCGUUUUUUGAGAUCAAAUUUCAAUUAUAGUGGUCGAGAUCAGUUUAAUCUAGUUCUUAGGAAGAUUAGUAUCGAAGAAAUGGCUCUGUAUUUCUUCAAUUUGAAUGAUUAUUUUGGAGCAGAUUCCAUGUCUACCCUUUUUUACCACGAAAAGCUUUUAAAUAAGACCGGAGUCGGCAUACCAGAUUACUGGCUCGAAAGAGAUAUUUCUUUUAUAAAGGUCGAUGACUACAAGCUUGCAGCGUCAAUUUGUAAGUAUUUAUUUUGCGAGACUUUGGAAAGAAAAUCGGAGCCAUUGCUCCAGGAUCCAUCUCUUUCUGGGUUUCUUGUUCAAAUUCAUCUUAUGAUAAUCUGUAGAAUAAUGGACAACAGUGCAAAACUAAAAUAUUACUUGGAAAAGAAACAAUUAAAUCUGUUUCUCGAUUUUUUUAAUUUGAAAGAAAUUGCAACUUCGUAUGCUUUAAAAGAGGCAUUGGAAAGUUCUUUAGAUAUAAUUGGACAAGGUGAUGGAAAACCUGACACAUUUUCUGAAAUGCUUGUAUGGCACCCCAAGUUUGAUACCUUGGGUGUUGUGUACAAUCUAGAUCUGAUAAAGGGGGAGAGAAGAUCCUAUUGCCAUGUGUAUACAUUAGCAAAAUCGUUUGAAGUAUAUGACGUAAAAUCUCUAACUGCUUUAGAUGGAUUAGACAGCUUUACGAUGAAGAAAAUCAUAAAAUACUUCUUAGCGGAGUGCGGAAUUGAGUCGUUUGGCUUUCUUUUCUUCAAAACUUUAGCAAAUGUUAGCACGAAUCCUCAUUUUCUAAAGUAUGAUAGCAUAUAG